CGUAUGCUUCCAAAACUAUUUUUCCCUCUUUGAAGUUUUUCACGCUGCACCCCUUCUCUCUCCUUCACUGAAGCGUACAUAGAAAUCUCCAUUGAAGUGGUUUCUAAGCUUGAAACUUACUCUGAGUUCUCCAUUGAAGCGGCUUGUAUCUUUCUCUUCUGUAUUAAAGCAGCUUCUGAGCUUUGUUGGGCAUUGGUGGAAGAUGAUUUACACGGCAAUCGACACAUUUUACUUGACGGAAGAGCAGCUAACUAAUUCCCCUUCAAGGAAAGAUGCCAUUGAUGAGGAAACCGAAAAUACUCUCCGGAUUUAUGGCUGUGAUUUGAUUCAAGAGAGCGGCAUCCUUCUUAGAUUACCUCAAGCCGUUAUGGCAACUGGCCAGGUUCUGUUCCAUCGAUUUUACUGCAAAAAGUCAUUUGCCCGAUUUAAUGUUAAGAGAGUAGCUGCCAGUUGUGUUUGGCUGGCAUCAAAACUUGAGGAGAGUCCAAGGAAAGCCAGACAAGUCCUCAUUGUCUUCCAUCGAAUGGAAUGUCGAAGGGAAAAUUUACCUGUCGAACAUUUGGAUCUUUAUUCUAAAAAAUAUUCGGAGCUGAAGAUGGAUUUGAUAAGAACAGAAAGACACCUCCUGAAAGAAAUGGGUUUCAUUUGUCAUGUCGAGCACCCGCACAAAUUCAUAUCAAACUACCUAGCUGUCCUUGAACUUAAAGAACCUUCAGAGUUAAGGCAAGAUGCUUGGAAUCUAGCAAAUGAUAGUUUGCGGACUACACUAUGUGUUCGAUUUAAAAGUGAGGUGGUUGCUUGUGGAGUUGUGUAUGCUGCUGCGAGAAGGUUUGGAGUUCCCCUUCCUGAGAAUCCACCAUGGUGGAAGGUCUUUGAUGCAGAUAAAGCUGGUAUUGAUGAAGUCUGUAGAGUUCUAGCUCAUCUGUAUAGUCGUCCGAAGGCCAAGUAUAUACCUGUCUGUAAGGAGUCAGUUUCCUUCACAUCAUCCAACAAGUCUUGGGAUUCACAGAAUACUGCAGUGCCCAAAGAAGGUUCCCUGAAUACACCAGUGGCUAGUGCUGAUACUGGUGUGACAAAGACGGCUGCAGGUGCUGCAGCUAGUAUUGAUACUGGGGGAUCCAGAGACGCACUUGUAAAACAGGCACUUGACAAGAUGAAAGAUUCUAAGAGAAGCGAUGACGAGUCCAAGGACACGGCAAAUGAUGGUGAAGGAAGAGAGGACAUCAUGGUCAAGUCAAAGCCUGAACUCAGAACAGAAACUAGUGGAGAACGAAACAGGGAGUCAGAAAGGGAUAGAGAUAGGGAUAGAGAGAAAGAGAAGGUUAGGGACAGGGAUAGAGAAAGAGACAGGAACAGGGAUAGACAGAAGUCCCGGGAUCGUGAGAGGGGGAGAGAUUCUGACAGGGAAAGAGAGCGAGAUGAUAUUGAACGGGAGAUAGUGAAAGAAAGAAGUCAACGAUCCCGGGAUAAAGCUAAGGAUUUAGGAGGUCAUUCGGAUAAAUCAAGGCAUCAUUCUUCUCGAGGUAUGACCUCAAAUUCUACUUAUAUGGAAUAUCGAGAUCGUGAUUACCAUGCUUACUCGGCUAGGGACAAAGAUCGCUAUAGACAUCAUUUGAAACAAUAAUUCAGAUCUACCUGCUUUUGUAAUAAAAUGUAUAGCAGAAAUGUUCUGCUGUUGCAGAUGUUUUUGAUGUCUGGAUUUUGUUAGAGCAAGUAUGAUGAAAACAAUGUAUGUUAUCCACUUUGGAUGUUGUAAGUUUAAUCAACUAUUGUUUCACAUGUAAGAUACAGUACUGCUAGUUGAAACACCAGCUUGUUAAUAUCCCAAGCCUCCGGCUUCAUCA